AUGGCUUCAGAUAAUGAAUACAAUAGUGACCAAGAAAAUAUUAUCAAUAAACUUUGUAUCAAAGAAGAGUUAACUUAUCCCUUAAAAUAUCAAGUAAAUUAUGAAUCUAAAAAUCAAUUAGAAGAAAAUAAUCAUAUUCAAUCAAUAGUAAAAGCAGUUAAUCAUAGAAAAAUAUCAAGAGAUUCAUAUAGAGAUUUGGCAAUAGCAGAUUAUUAUUUGACACGUGAAUAUAUAAUUUUUAAUAAACAAAUUGAGAUUACCAAUUAUAUGAAUCAAAAAAUCAAACUUUCAUUGGUGGAUAUGAAAGAAAAAAACAUUUUAGAAAAUAUAGAAUUUGAAGAAUUAAAUAUUACAGAUUCUGAAAUAGUACAAGAAGUUUAA